GUUGCCCUUGCCCGUACCCGUACCCUUACCCGUUCAGUCUGAGCGGGCCUAGUGAGAAGGCCACACGACGGUCUCAGGUUGUUCGGAGCGCCCAAUCUUAUCUUAUCUGUGUCCGGUCCGGGACGAUCUAGACAGGAUCUGGGAGAACCCAUCCACAUCCGAGUCAUUUUGCAGAUCGAAUUUAACGGCAGCACCUCUCCUUACACUCUCCACCAGCCAUCCACCAUGUCUGCUUCUCAAGGACGCGUCUUGCUGGCCUACUCUGGCGGUCUCGAUACCUCGUGUAUUCUUGCUUGGUUGAUCGAGCAGGGGUAUGAAGUCUACGCGUUUAUGGCGGAUGUCGGCCAGGAAGAGGACUUUGAAGCCGCGCGCAAGAAGGCCCUGGCCGUUGGUGCGAAGAAGUUCUUCCUUGAGGAUCUCAAAAGAGAGUUCGUAACGGAGCUCAUAUACCCUGCCGUCCAGGCGAACUGCAUCUACGAGAAUGUAUACCUGCUAGGCACAUCGCUUGCCAGGCCUGUCAUCGCGCGUGGCAUGAUGGCUGUUGCCGACAGGGAGGGUUGCGACUACGUCUCUCACGGGUGCACGGGCAAGGGUAACGACCAGGUCCGUUUCGAGCUCGCAUUCUACGGCCUGAAGCCCGACAUCAAGGUGAUCGCCCCAUGGCGUAUCCCUGAAUUCUACCACCGCUUCGCAGGUCGUCAAGCCCUCCUCGCCUACGCGGCCGAGAAGCAGAUCCCUGUCCAGCAGACCGCGGCGAAGCCCUGGUCGACAGACGAGAACCUCUUCCAUAUCUCUUACGAGGCGGGCAUCCUCGAGGACCCGGACACGACGCCGCCCGUGGAUAUGUGGAAGCUGACGACCGCGCUGGAGCAGGCGCCCAACACGCCCGAGCGCAUCUCCAUCCAGUUUGAGCGCGGGUUGCCCGUGAAGGUGACCGUGCCCGAGCAGAACAAGGAGUAUACCGACCCGGUCGAGGUCUUCCUCGCGCUCAACGCCCUCGCGCGCAAGCACGGCGUCGGCCGCAUCGACAUCGUCGAGAACCGUUUCAUCGGCGUCAAGUCCCGCGGCUGUUACGAGUCCCCCGCGGCGACGAUCCUGCGCGUCGCGCACAUGGACAUCGAGGGCCUCACGCUCGACCGUAAUGUCCGCGCGCUCCGGGACCAGUUCACGACGAUCGAGCUGAGCCGGAUCCUCUACAACGGACACUGGUUCACGCCCGAGCGCGAGUUCGUCAUUGCCUCCAUCCCGGCUAGCCAGCGCACCGUCAAUGGCCUUGUGCGGCUCAAGCUGUACAAAGGCAACGUCGUUGUUGAGGGCCGUUCGUCUCACGAGGGUCUCUACGACGAGAAGGAGUCGUCCAUGGACGAGCUCGGUGGGUUCGAGCCCACGGACACGACUGGCUUCAUCCAGAUCGAGUCGAUCCGCAUCAAAAAGUGGGCGCAAGCCAACAUCCGCAAGGGCCAGGGUGGUGUCGAGGCGAAGGACGUGUAUGGCUCUCGUGUCUGAAGUCUAAGCUAGUUUGUAUCCUGCUUUGUAAAACUCCUUGUGCAUUAGAAAUCCACACUGUAUUGCUGUCU